UGAGCGCUUUGGGACGGGAGAUGAUCGCACGGCAGCACCCGCUGUUCGGUGAGAAGAGUAAGAACGAUAUGUGCUUCCACAUCAGAGUCUCCAAAAGAAUCCAAUAACACCAGAAAAAAAGUCGCUAGAUUUGUCGCUAGUCGCUUUCUUGAAAACGAGUUACUAGAGGGGUCUAAGAAGUCGCUGAGUUGGCAACACGGCGUACAAGUACAGCAGCUCCCAGGAAACGCUGAAGUUCUCCCGCGCCCCAGAGAGAAGACUUCGCCGUUACCUCUCCAUUAAUCUCCUUUAAUAAUGGCGAUUAUUACUGCCCACGAUUCAAACCACCCCCACACGGAGUUAUUUCAGCUACUGUUUACAUAAUGAGAAACAUAUUGGAUUGGCCUGUGCACACUGGUUCGUUAUUGUACUGCUAACUGCUGCAUCGAAGAAGUAAACUUAAUGAAAGACAUCAUCCCUGGCUGUGCUCUGACCAGCACUCUUCUGCGAACCCCAUCCCUAAACCACAAGUUAGUUUAAUCCUCCUACAUCCUAACAAAAGGGAUCACAUUAUUAUUACUUUUCCUCCCCAUUGCAUCUGAGCUCCUUGAUCAUCACCAUGGGUGAGAGUUACAGUAAGGAAAAGGAAGACAUCAUGAUCUCAGGGAUGUUCAGUAUAGCUGAGACAUAUGGUGUGAUUCCUGAUAUUACCAUCGACGGCUCCUUACUCAUGUACUCAGGACUGAAUUCAACAGCUGUACUAGAACAGCACAGUUCUCAGAUGGUCAGUGACCUGGUGGGCAAAGUUCUGAACUAUAUGAUCAACCUGGGCUCCUCUUUAUCUGCUUUCAAACUUGUACCAAACGCAGUUGGAUUGGGCGCGUUGAUCAUCUCCUUCCUAUUAGACCUCAUGGUCAGUUCUUCGGUCAGGGUUCCCGAGGACAGCCCACUGAACAUGAUGCAGCGGGUCUUCGCUGAGGAAAAGGCCUUGGGGGUCAGAGACUCCAUGGACGAGUACCUGAAACGCCUCCGCAAGUAUGUGUGGGAACCAGAACAGGCGCUAGAAGAGACCAAACGUCUGGAGAAACAGCUGAGCGAGCAGAUGACCCGUCUGAGUAACUCCAUGCUGAAGGACGGGCAAAUGAGCUCCCGCGCCAUGAAGAUCUGGGUCAACGGCGCAGCGUUCCAUGCGCAGAUGCUAAUCCAUGAGGCGCGGCUCAUAAUGGCAGGAUAUGGAUCAAAGCAAGAAAAGAACCUUGAUGUUCGAGUAGCUUCUGUCUGCAGCAUGGUGGACCACUAUCGAAAGGACUUGGAGGACUUGUUAAAGGAGUACAAGAGCUAUAAACGCACUAACAUGCUCUUGAUGACAAAAUAUCAAGGCUGUUGGGCGUAUUACACUGUUCAUUGCAUAAACCCAAUGUGUUAUGUUUAUGAUAAAGAGCUUGGAAUGAGUACAGAGAACAAUCCUAGAAUUGUCUCGGAUAAUAAUUUUGAGGAUACAUUUUGUAACGGAUCAUUGGACGCCUACAUCAACUACAUGUUUAGCAACUGGGGCCAGAUAAAAAAGCUGAACGAGUAUUUUACUGUCCUUAAUACUAACAUAAGGGAACUGAUAACACAAAACAGGAUUUUUUCCAUGAAACAUGUGUAGCAAACAGAACACAAGCAGAAGUGUCCUUGACCAUGAGCCAUGAGCUGUUCCACUACAUCAGGUGACAUGUCAUGUAGCACAUUAGAAUGGGCUUUGGGACACACCCAAAGAAAAAGCACCGUCCACUUGCUUUUACUGCUGCUUUGUAUAACUCACAUAGCUAAUUUCCACAGUGAUAAAGUGAUGCGCUUUAUAGGAAAAGUAACAUGAUUAUAGUACUGAGAAGCUCUAUAGUUUUCAUGUAGAUUAACAAAAGGGAAAAUGUGAUGCUUGUUAUCAUGAAAAUUUAACUUGACAUCACUCUAACUGCAUUUCACAUUGCUGAAUGAAAAUGAAAUGUUUUUGUAACUACAUUUCCAGCAAUUAUGGAUUGAGGCUUAUUACUUGAAUGGAACUUAUUUAGCGUUUUCGCUGCAUAUAAACUAUACAAUUAUUAAAGAUUACUUACUAAA